UCCCCGGAGCACCAGUCUGCAGCAGGAUGGGGCAGGUGGGCGUCGGAGGAAUGGCCGGGGUUAGGAGGCUGAGGUGGCAGAUCCGCCUGGCGUUGCUGACCGCUCUGGCCGUCUCUCUGGCCUUGUCCAGCCUGGCCGUGGCUGCCCUGUCCUGGCUGAAGUGUCGCAGUCUGCACCGGUCUCUGCAAGCCUGGGAGAGCACCCUUCAGAGACAAGGGGAUGUGUCAAUGCCGCUCGCGAAUGUCCGCUCGGACCUGCCACAGGAAGUGGGGAGUCCCGCAGUGAGGUUGAGCUUCCUGCAGGGGCUGCUGGAGAGCAAGGCAUUGACACGGAUAAGGAGGGAUCGACGGAGAGAUUCUGGGGUCAGAACCAAGCAGCCCAUGGCAGCUCAUUUUGAAGUGAUGCCCAAUAAUGUGGAUGGGACAUACAUUGUUGAGAAGGGUGGGAUCAUCAGGCAGUGGUUAGAAUGCCCACUUGAGACGACCAAAAGUGCAGUAACCUACAACAACAAGACGGCGAGAUUCACCGUACACCGGGAGGGAGUAUACUACAUAUACAGUCAGGUUCAUUGCGAUGACAACACCACAGCCUACUUAAAGCUGGAUGUGAUGGUGGACAAAGAAUUGACUUUUCGGUGUGUUCAGGGAUUACCGCCGACCCCGACCUACAGCCAGCAACUGGCUGUGCAUUCUUGUCAAGCGUCUGGAUUAGUUCGGCUCCGGAAGAAGUCCCAGAUCAGUGUUUACAGCAUCGCCGGGGUGCACCUCAAACCCAAAACCUUCACUCACUUCGGGCUCUUCAAGCUGUAAAAGGGGACCGCGGCUGUGUCCGCGUGUCUGUGUGCGCAAGUGUGUGGCGAGACUACUACAUACAGCCUGGCCUUCUUAAACUGAGAGACCGCCGUGUCAAAGACAGGGAGGGAGAGAGAGACAGACUUUUCUUGUACCUUUUCUUCCUUUUGGCUAGAUUCACCUGCAAUCCCGACAACGGCAGACCACUUGGCGCGAGAAAACACCCAGAGGGUUCUGCGAUUUGCCUCUCUAUUCCAGCCGGGUCCUCCCGUCGUCCGAGAUUAGCUCUUUUCCCUGACUUUCGAGCCUGCUCUCUGGACAGCGACACGAAAAGAAAGUGCCAGAGAAACUCAACAGGCUCUAGAGAGAGAGAGAGAGAGAGAGAAAUGGCGGGGUUAAUAUCCAACAUGAUUCUUCCCCGAUAUGGGACGAGGACCCUGGCUGCGUGUGCGUGUGUAGGGCAGUGGGGAGGAUUUGGCUGUGGUGCCCCGUUCAGACGAAUAGCUAGCUGGCUGCCUGAGGGUUGCAGGGCUGUGGCCAACAGGACAGUACCGGAAUCCAUGGCUGCAAAAGGUCACGAGAGUGAAAGUGUGGGGUGUCAGUCUGGAGAGGCUUUUCCAACUGUUUCUAAUCUCCAAUUUGAGUUUCUUCAAACAAUUUUCCUUCUUGUAAGAACGCGGGAGACUUGUUUUUGUCUGUUUCAUGAUUGGUUGGCAGGGUCAGGUCCUUGGCUGUAUUAAGUACCAGGGGUCAGGGGGCAAAGGUCACCUGUUCAGGUAUCCAGGAAUACCUCCAAGGUCUCAGUUGGAAUGGGAGAGCAAAAAGCACUAUUGAAAGUUAAGAUGUAUGGAUUGUGUAAGUCUUUGAGAUAUUGCCUGUUGUGUUUUUCCCAGAGCCUCUCUCUUUCAUUUUCCCAUUUCUCCCCCAAGCGACUUCUGGUGACAGGAUUGAUCACCAGAGACCGGAGAUUUGAAAUUGUUAGGGAGGGAGUUACGGGAAGGGUUUUCCCUUCGGAGAGAGUUGACAAUCUCCACCUGGGAAAGAUCCUACAAAUAAUUCCAACAGGGUCACAGAUUGAAAGGCAAAGUGAGGAAGCUCUUUUAAGGAGCUGGAGUAUUACGAUGGGCCACGUAGGUUGAAGCGAUUCACUAUUUUCCCUUGUCAUUGCUGUUAUUGUCUCCUCAUGGGGUUUUUUUUGUCCCAGCUUCCUGACUCCGUUAGUUCCCUUUAUGGUUUUCGGUUGGGGUAGCCUGCAUCCUGGACUGCGAGUGGAGAAUCAAUUGCACUGAUCCUGUUCCCAAGUGCCUUUAAAAUCGAGAUUGCAGGAAUUGUAGGUAAAGGCCCGAUUUCAGUCGGUGAUCUCUCCUGUGUUCGCUGACCCCACUGGCAGCUCUGUAACUGUGACCCUUCAGUGUGAUGGGGGGAACAUUGGAGCUACCGAGAGACCCGUUGCAGUUAAAUAGUUAAGUUGGCAGGUUUCACAUUGGAGGUUUCUGAUGGAUUGGCAGCUCAGGAAGGAGAUGGCACCUUUAGGGAUAAAGCAACUUGAAGAUUAACAAAAGCACAACAGUGAACGUUGUUGCCAAAACAGCCCGUUGUUUUUGGGGAGGGCAAGGUCAGACCUGAUCAGGGCAUUGGACAAAUCGCUCCAUCCUGACUCCCCCAAAGCCUGUCCCACCCUUGACGAGGAGUGUGAGGGAAUACUCCCCACUUGCCCUGGAUGGGGGCAGCUCCAACAACAUUCUAGAAGCUCGACACCAUCCCAGGACAAAGCAGCUCCUGGUUGAUUGGCUCCACAUCCACAAACAUCCCCUCCCUCCACCACCGACGCUUAGGAGUAGCAGUGCAUAUCAUCUAUAAGAUGCACUACAGAAAUUCACCAGGUGACAGCACCUUCAAACCUUCAAGUUCCCCUCUGAGCCACUCCCCAGCCUGACUUGGAAAUAUAUCGGCGAUUCCCUCAAUGUCGCUGGGUCAGAAUCCUGGAACUCCCUCUCUCACGACACUGUGUGGGGGUCUCUGCACCAUGCAGGACUGCAGUGGUUCAAGAAGGCACUGACUCCCACCUUUUCAAAGGGGCAGCUAGGCAUCUAUAUCACCAUAACAAAUCUACUUAAAAAUUGGUCUUUUCGAGUUGGAAGAGGCAUGGCAGGGAUGAGGGGGGUAAAGGAGAAUAACAGGUAUUGGGAAAAGAGGCAGAGAUACUGGGUGUGCAGGAAUUCAGUGAGCUGCAAACAUUUUUGUUGGUUUAAAUCACUGGGCGGAUUCUGAAAUGAUCUCUGUCAAGCUGCAGAGAGAGAAGUAGAGGAGUAGAAGGAAAACGGUAGCUCUUAAAGAUUCACGGAGGGCUGGAUGGAGCACUACACAGCCAAAGACAUCAGGGCUGGGUAAGUUGUUGGAGGGGAUUCCAAGGGACAGGAUUUACAUGUAUUUGGAAGGGUAAGGACUGAUUAGGGAUAGUCAAUGUGGGAAAUCGUGUCUCAUGAACUUGGUUGAGUUUUCUUGAGGAAGUAACAAAGAAGAUUGAUGAAGGCAGAGAUGAAUGUUGUCUAUACAGACUUCAAUAAGAGGUUCGACACGGUUCCUCAUGGUACACUAGUUAGCAAGGUUGGAUCACAAGGAAUACAGGGAGACCCAGCCACUUGGAUAUAGAACUGGCUCGAAGGUGGAAGACAGAGGGUGGAGGUGGAGGGUUGUUUUUCGGACUGAAGGUUUGUGACCAGGGGUAUGUCACAAGGAUCGGUGCUGGGUCCACUGCUUUUUGACAUUUGUAUAAGUGAUUUGGAUGUGAAUAUUGGAGGUAUGGUGAGUAAGUUUGCAGAUGACACUAAAAUUGGUGAUGUAGUGGACAGUGAAGAAAGUUACCUCAGAAUACAACGGGAUCUUGAUCAGAUGGGUCAGUGGGCCAAGGGAUGCCAGAUGGAGUUUAAUUUAGAUAAAUGUGAGGUGUUGCAUUUUGGAAAGGCAGAAAGGUAGGUUGAAUACACUUAAUGGUAGCUCCUGGGGAGUUUUGCUGAACAGAGACCUUUUGAUUGCAAGUUCGUAGUUCCUUGAAAGUGAAGUCAUGGGGAGACAGGGUGGUGAAGGAAGUGUUUGCUAUGCUUGCCUUUGUUGGUCAGUGCAUUGAAUAUAGGAGUUGGGAUGUCAUGUUGCAGCUGUACAGGACGUUAUAGGGUCAUAGAGAUGUACAGCACAAAAACAGACACUUUGGUCUAACUCCUCCAUGCUGACCAGAUAUCCUAACCUAAUCUCGUCCCAUUUGCCAGCACUUAGCUAAUAUCCCUCUAAACCCUUCCUAUUCAUAUUCCCAUCCAGAUGCCUUUUAAACAUUGUCAUUGUACCAGCCUCCACCACUUCCUCUGGCAGCUCAUUCCAUACAUACACAACCCUUUGUGUGAAAAAGUUGUCCCUUAUGUCCCUUCCUCCCCUAUCCCGAAACGUAUGCCCUCUAGUUCGGGAUUCCCCCACCCCAGGGGAAAGACUUGUCUAUAUAUCCUAUCCAUGCCCUUCAUGAU